AUGCUAAGUCCCAGAGACACCUCGCUCUCGUUAGCGGCGUGCGGCGAGCUGUGUGUGUGCUCAGAGCUGCGGUCUGACCUGGUCCACAGAGAGUCCAGUGUUACCGGUCUGGACCCAGUCUGGACCUGGACCACGACACAGAGCCUCACACAGGGUUCUCAGUCUGCGGCGGUUACAGAGCACACGGCGAGGAGGGUUUCUCACAGUGAAGAUUAUUCAGACUAA